UUGUUACUUUCCUAGUACCUAUCCAGCUAAAUGCUACCAGUAGAAUCUCUCCAUAGUGACAUAGAGAUUUGUGCUAUUUGAACUCCAUUAUUCUUCGUAAUUUACACAGAAGGAUUUCCACUCUUGGCUUUUAUUGUUAGUGAACCUGCAUUGUUUGGUGAUUUCAAUUCUGUUUCCUACUUCAAUUGAUUUCUGUUUCCAUCAUGAAGACACAAGGGGCUCAGUGAUUUCAUUUGAGAUUUGAUGGUCAUUGACUCUUGGGGACUCAAUGGAUUGAUGGUUGUUUGACAAUGCGCUUGUUCUGGUGGCAACAACUGCCACUGCUUAUAUUGAUUCAACUCUUAGAACCCAGUAGCAUAAACCACAAAAUCUACGCUGAAGCUUUACUUGCUUGCAAGAGUGCACUUGACAGUCCUGGGCAAUCAAGUGAUAAGAUUGAAAGGUAUCCAUGCAUAAGACAACGGGCAUGUCUCAGCUGUUAUGUAGCAAAAGACACAGGAUUCCUGAAAUCCGUGCACUCAAGAAACAGGAGGAUGGCAGCUUCGUUUGAUGGGAACAGUGGUGUUCCGACACUUACACCGUUGCAACAAAACGAUGUUAAGAAACCGAGGAAACAGAGAGUGGCUGCCAUAGUUGGUGGUGUUGGUGCAGCUCUGCUUGUUGUUGGCUUCAUGGUGCUUGUGUAUGUCUGCUUGAUGCGUGUUAAAAGAUCAAUAAGGCAAACAUCUGAUGCAGAAACUUCUGUACCAUCUCCUUCUGCUGAGCUGGACAGAACUUACCCCUAUGCUGGUGAUGGCACGCAAAAUUUAAGGCAGUUAGCUGUCUUGGAGCUGAAACAUGCUACAAACAAUUUCAGUGACAGUAACAUCAUAGGUGAAGGUUCAUUUGGUUUAGUUUAUAUGGGAUUGCUUCAAGAUGGGUCUAUGGUGACAAUCAAGAGACAUCUACAUACACCAGCCCAGAAUUUUGUUCAUGAGGUGAAGCACAUAGCUCGAGUUCAUCAUCGGCAUCUUGUCAGGCUUGUAGGAUAUUGUGAAGAAAACCACCAACAGUUUCUUGUCUAUGAUUAUAUCAGUAAUGGAAAUGUUGGAAACUUCCUAUAUGAUAGUGAAGGUUUACCAAUUGGAAAGCUAAAUAUGCGGCAAAGGUUAUUAAUAGCUAUAGGUGCAGCAAAAGGCCUUGAACACCUUCACAGUUUAGUUCCUCCUCUCUUUCACAUGCACUUCAGAACUAGGAAUGUCCUUCUGGAUGAGAAUUUUACAGCAAAAAUUUCUGACUAUGGAUUAUCUAAAUUGCUAAUUGAGGAUCCUCGUGUGGGAUCAUCUUCAGCCAUCGACUGCUUUCUCGAUCCAGAGUUGAAUCGAUCAAAUCACUUUUCAGCAGGAAGUGAUGUGUAUAGUUUCGGGGUCUUCUUACUGGAGUUGACCAGUGGACAUGAAGCAAAUAGCAGAAAUCAGUCAAAUGCAGACCAAAACUUAGUAUUGCAGGCUAAAAGAAGCAGUGAUGUUGGGGACUAUGUGGAUAAGACAAUAGGAAACCAAACAGUGGACACUGCAAAAGAGAUGAUAGAGUUGGCAUUGCAAUGUGUUGAUGUUAGUGAGAGGAGGCCAUCGAUGAGGCAUAUCGUUAUGGAGUUGGAAGGGAUUCAAGAGAGGGAAAUUAGUGGGUUGCGUUCUGAAAUAGGUGCAGUAACACUUGGGAGUGAGCUAUUCACUUGAA